AGGCACCAUGCAGGCGCGGCGCUUGGCCAAGCGCUCCAGCAUGGGCAGCCGGCGGCUAAGUGCCGGGCCGGCGGCCGCGCAGGCGGACGGGGUCCGGCCCACCAAGCCCGAGAGCGCCUGGAGGCCGCCCCUGCGGGAGGGCUCCGCCGCGGCGCUGGAGGAGGAGGACGAAGACGAGGACGUGGUGGUGGAGGUGGAAGAGGAAGAGGAGGAGGAGGAGUGCGGCCUGGGGAGUCCCCCACCGACGCUGACCGGCCACGGCAAGGGCCCUAUCCGGGGGUGCCUGAAGGCAGCCAGCAUCAAGCGUGAAAUGACCUUCUCUGCAUUUCAACAGGAGGAUGUGAAAAGUGACAUCAGUCAAAAACUGCCAGACCAACAGUUUCUCCUGUUUGCCACAAAGGAGGAAGACUUAAAAACAGCAGAGACCAAAAAACCAAACAGAGCUCAUGAGUAUGAAAAGGAAAACACUCGUUCUGUUUGCCUUCUGGAACAGAAGCGCAAGGUUGUUUCUUCAAAUAUUGAUGUGCCUCCAGCAAGAAAAUCUUCAGAAGAACUGGACAUGGAUAAAGUAACAGCAGCCAUGGUACUCACCAGUUUAUCCACCAGCCCUUUGGUCCGCAGCCCUCCUGUCCGACCCAACGAAUCCCUAAAUGGAUCUUGGAAAGAAGGAGGAUUUGUGCCUUCUAGUACCAGCAGCAGUGGAUACUGGAGCUGGAAUGCUCCCAGUGACCAAUCCAACCCAUCCACCCCAUCUCCACCUCUGUCAGCUGAUAGCUUCAAAGCUUUUCGGACACCUUCCCAGCCAGAUGACGGUAUUGAUGAAGCUGAAACAAGCAACCUUCUCUUUGAUGAACCCAUUCCCAGGAAGAGAAAGAACUCCAUGAAGGUGAUGUUCAAAUGCCUGUGGAAAAACUGUGGGAAGGUACUGAGCACAGCUGCAGGGAUUCAGAAACACAUACGGACCAUUCAUCUUGGACGUGUGGGAGAGUCUGACUACAGUGAUGGAGAGGAGGAUUUUUACUAUACAGAAAUCAGGCUCAACACAGACUCAGUAGCUGAUGGCUUAAGCAGCCUUUCCCCAGUCUCUCCUUCUUUAGCAUCACCACCUUCCUUUCCCACCCAAGAUGCAAUCCGUCCUGAAACUUCCUGUGCCAAAACUGAGACAAAAUUGAUGACACCUCUGAGCCGCUCAGCUCCUACCAACCUCUACCUCGUACACACGGACCAUGCUUACCAGGCCACUCCUCCAGUGAACAUUCCAGGGUCAGCAAAAUUCACUCCCAAUGGCAGUAGCUUUAGCAUCUCCUGGCAGUCACCUCCAGUUACCUUCACUGGCAUUCCAGUCUCACCAACUCAUAAUCGUCCUGCAGGGAAUGGAGAGCAGAAACAGUCCCACACAGUUCUUUCAUCACCGCCUAGAGUAGCAUUUGGCUUGAGGAAGCCUAGAGGGGAGGGGAAAAAGUGUCGGAAGGUCUAUGGGAUGGAGAACAGAGAUAUGUGGUGCACUGCUUGCCGAUGGAAGAAGGCCUGCCAAAGGUUCAUCGACUAAAGAUUGGAAUUAUGCAGAGGAUUUGGGGGUGGGGGAGGACAACAGCAGAACCAGCCUGCUGCAGCUGCACUGUUUCACUUCCCAUUUUCCCUCCAGUGCUGUGGUGUUGCAGGGUUUUGGUUUUUUGGGGUGGUUGUUUUUUUCUUUUCUAAAGAGCUUUGUAUUUCAAAGUGAAGCACUUGUAGCCAAGGAGAAGCACUAAUCAAAACCUCUGUGGAGCAAUAGAGAAAACAAAACCAAGGAAAAAGUACUCCAACAACCUACAAGCAAACCCAAGAACAUACAAGGAAAUUCUCUUACUAAGUAUGGAAACCAGAGCAGCUAUUAGUGUUUUUCUGUAAAAGAACAAGAGAAAAAAGGUUCUUUUUUUUUGGCUAACUCUAUGAGCUACUUGCUCCUUAGAAUCAUUUUUAACCAUUUCAGUCUCUGUGCCGUGGACAUCUGUAAAUGCUGAACUGAAUGGUUUUUCUUUUCCUGAAAGGAAGAUCUCUUUUUGAAAGCUUUCUAACAAACAUUUCAGAGUCCUAUAAGCUACAGUUUUUUCUCAGCAGAAGCUGUACUAAGACUGGAGGCUGCUCAGUGAUUCUCCUGAUGCGAACCAUCACACUUCAAACUAUAUUUUUGGAAAAGGGAUGUGGGGAGGAGUUGGGAUUUUGAUUUGUUUGUUUCCAGGAGAAAAGCAAAGUCUGAAUUUAAUAGAAGGACAAACAGUGCUUCUGGAAGACUUUGAAAGCAGGAGCAGAGCAGUGGAGUGGAACAGAGUCAUUUCAGUACCAAAUUGGAUUUUGAUCCUCCAGAGGAAAAAAAGCGGCACUGGAAAGUCACCAGCAGACACUGUCAGAACCAGAAGUUAAGGGAAGAAAUCCAGUGAUGCUUGACUGAAGCCUGUAAGAACAUAAUGGGGGUCCAGCAGCUUUCCUUGCUCCUCCCCUAGCACUGAAGGAGGCUGUGUUGGACCAGCGUGUCUGUUGCUGCCGGAGGCCUGCAAAGAACUGGUAAAUGCAGCCAUGAGGAUCGUCUCUAAUAACAUAUUCAGGGACACAAUCUAGCCCAGCAGUUCUGCUCUUGCUGCCUUUUCUCUUAUCAGAGAGAUUGUUGUUAAGAUAAUGGUUUGCUCAGUGAUAUUUUUUUUUUAAUCCUCCUCCUAUUAAAGUUGCUAAGAUUUAUUCGAUGCAAAAAAUUGAUAAAGGAAAGAAAAUACCUCCUUUCCACAACAUCAUCUCAGAACGAGAAAUACAGCAGCAAAGGAACAACAUGUUUAUGACACUGAGCUUGCUGAUGGUGUUCUUCCCCUGGGAGUGCUUAAAAAGUCUGAGACUUCUCCAAGAUGCUCCUGCCAGUUUACCCUCCCAUAUUUACAAGAACUUCAAGGUGAAGUGCAGAGUGCUCCCCAAUUCAUUUGAUGAUUGCUAGACUGACAGACAGUAUUUGCCCAUGUAUUUGUUGUUCCCCUCCUUUUAAAUUUUCUCUUUGCUUGGAGGAUCCUUUUGAAACUAAGCUCUGGGGGUUGUAUAUUCUUUCUCCAGUGUCAUGGCAUCGUGAGCACCUUUCCUGAGGGCACUUUAUGAGUCACUGUAAUAAGAUGAUUCUCUAUUAUUUUCUGUAAGGAGCAAUGAUUUUGUUGCCAGACCAGAUUACCCUCUGGUGUAGCUUUGAUAUGGAUUUCAUAUAGGCACAAUUCAUCAAAACAGGAUAGAAGGUUGGCAUUAACAAAGCAGAAGAUGGAUGUUCCAUGCAUCCUGCCAGGACUAAGUUUAAAUUAGCAGUAUUUUUACACAGCCUUCAAUCAGCAGUUUACAUUAAAUCAGUUCUGCAUCUUAUGGCUGUGUCAUUUCAGUUCAAAAGCAGGCACUUCUCCAGUUACUGUGUCUGAACUUGCAGGAAGUGUUCACCUUUCACUUCGUGCUUUGCACUCAGAUGACUUCAUGUCCCUGCAGCACAUGGGUGCCCAGCAAGAUCCCCCUCACCAUCUUGACGUACCUGCAAGCACAGAAGUGUCAGCAGAGCCUUUCCUGUGCUGCAGUACUGGCUGUAGUCUGGAAUAACCUCUGCCAUUUUUCAGUCUCUUGCUUCUGCCUUGCUUUAAGCUGUGUCACUGUCCUGACAGCUGAUUCAUCUCGCCCUUCUGCACCAGCCUUUCUGAAAGAGUUUUUCUUUGUUUCCCCAAGGCAGAGCUAGCCCAAGGGCAGUUGUCCUCAUUGGUACACUCCAUUUCCUCUGGGUUUGGUUUCUCUGUGGGUCAUGGUCUCUCAUCUCAGGGAGAAGUGGCAAAGAACAACCUGAACACAUCAUGCACUGUCUGUGUGUUGCAGGCACUUUGAAGUGGGUUAAUUCAUGUCAAAAGCCAGAACUUCCCCCUGAGGUACAGAAAUGGAAAGAUCUGGGUUAGCACUGAUGCUGCUAACAGGCGUUGCCAACAGUAUCAGAGUGGAGGUCAGCUGUAGAGAUCCCAGCUAUUAUCCUUAAGGACUUUCCUUGCUAUAACAGAGCUAUUUCCCACUCCCUCCUUUACCCCAAUCCCCAAAAGAUCUGGAAAAGGAGGUAAUUUUAGAAGUGGCAGAGUUUUAGUGGCCAUUUUUGCAAUGUGUCUAUGCUCCAGCUGCUCCUAGAUGAAGCGACUGGACUCAGAUCAUCUUAAUCAUAAAAGAGUUUCCACCCAAAACAACGUGCCUGAUUCUCCAGUGCCUUGCACAAAUGUAACAGGAUUCACAAGAUGCAAAGUGAGAAAAAACCUCUUCCAUUCCAGUACAGGUUUGCACUCUUAACCAAUACCAGCUGUCACCUAGCAGGUAUUCGCUGUCAGACCUGUAAGACCUGCUUGUGUGGAUGAGCUGAGCAGAAUGUCCUUUGAGUUCUUUUUCCAGAUCAUUAACUUGAUGUGGACGUUAGCUACUGAAUGAUCUACAGCUUCCUUGCUUGUGGUCACUGACAUCACUUUCUUCAUUCCUUCCCUUUUGAAGAUAACAGCUAGGUAGACAGCACAACAGGAGGCAAAGCUUAGGCAGAAGUUCUUGUAGAACCUGCAUGUAAGAACCAAUUCCAGAUCCAUGUCAUAUCCCAGUGCUCCUUGUUGCUGCUUUUUUAGGUCUUCAUUUGUUCUGAUCCAGUGAACCAGGUUGGUUUUUCUCUUUCUUGCUACAGUUUGGAGCCAGCUAGGAUGGCCCUGCCAAGAAUUCAGGACAGUGACUGUUAGUCUGCUGAUAGGAAAUUAUUUCUUCCACUGCCUGUAAAUGUGCUGAGACACCAUCUCAGAAACAGGCCAUGAGGUUAGACCCUCGCUAACCAUGUGUGGAGAUAAAAGAGGUUGUCAGUGAGGCUUGUUUCUGUGAGUUCAGACUUAAAGUCAGAUGUUAAAGAAGGUUGUGCUUUGCCUCUUAGAAAUUCUUGGGUAAGGAAGUGUUUGUAAAGUCUCAGUUUAGCCUUACAUUUACCGUUCAGUCAAUCUUCCUGUGAGGUGGCAGCACUGCACUGAAACUGGGACCUGUAGGGAACAUGGGUUUUAGUCCACAUUUGUCAGGAUUUUCCUGGCAGGGCACUGUGGGCUGAAAGCACCAAAACACAGAUUUUGUGCUUCUGUAAGUUCAGGAGGGUUCUGUGCCACUGUUAGGAAAAGAGCUAAAACUUUAGUUAUGAGCAAAAUGUCUCAAGCUGAUGGUUAUAAUAUAUUCAGUAUCUGCUAGAUGUGAGCAUCCCUGUCUGCAUCCAUUUGGAGCUUACAAAGCUUCAGGAUUGCAAAGAAACAAGCUGACAGUGCCCACUGGAACUAGGUUUUCUAUCUUAAUACUGCAAUGCUUUGGCACUUCUUUCCAAGUGCAAGAUGAAAGCUGUGCAUCUUCCACUUGCAGCUUUUCGAGUUCAUUCCUCAAUAGGAAGAACACUAAUGGUGUUCCUUGUGCUUCACAGAGAGCUUGGAAACAGAAGUCAGUCUUUUUCUGAGGGCACCAAGCAAAUUACAACAUGGUUUGCUCCUGUGCUUGCUCAUGCUCACAGCAAGAAUUUCUUUGGCCAGUCAGCUAAUGAGAUGUAAGUCUGUGGAUAAAUAUGGUGCUAAGGCAAUGUUCUGCUUGUUUAUAACACAUCUUCACACCAAGAACUGUUUUUCUUCUGUGAUUGGGUUUGGACACAAUAUCUUUAUGCUCGAGAGAAAUAGAUUUAGCAAUCCAGCUUUCCUAUUCCUCGGGCAUACACACAAUAUUACACUGCUGAGACAGUGUUUCAAGAUUAAGACCCAAUUCUUGAUGUAAUUAACUGGAACAGUGUAAAAUGUUUAAAUGUUGGUGGUGGCCAUUUGCUAAUCUUCUUGAAAAAUUCAGGUUUGGUUUUGGAGUCCUUAUCCUAGUUUGUUGUACCCUGCAGCCAUUAGUCUGUGAUAUGUAAUAGUCAGAUAAAGUGUUUGUUAAAAAAAGAACCAACUGCCUUGGGAAGAUAGAAAAUAAAAUGAAAGGGUUAAUACACAUUUCCUCAGGGAACAGAAGAGGCUGUAAGGGCAGGGUGUUGGCUUAUUUCAGUGAGAGAUGGCUAAGAAGUGGUUGGAGUUUUUCUAAUCCAGGCACAAUUUAAAGAGCAAUAUGUCACUACUUGAAUCAUUAAGGAUUAACCAUUAGAGGGAAGCACUAGUGGGUGAAUAGAGUCUUAAUGCUAUAGCUUAUGAAGUUCCAUGUAGAAGAAGAAGAAAAAAAAUGUUAAGUGAUACAAAAAUACAGAAAAUGAGCUCAAACCAUACCCAAAAUGUAAUAUAAGUCUAUACUUUUGUAUAAAUUUUUUCAGGAUCUACUGUAAAUAUAAAAGCUUCUUGGUCUAUAUAGCUGCUUGAUCAGUGCAUCCUCUGUGGUUGGAUUGCUCCUUGCCACAUUACUUCAGCAAGCAAAAAAAAGGUAGCGUUAGCACAAUUAUCCUUCCUGCAGGUGUUGAGCAGUCUGCUUUGCAAAGUGCUAACUCUACAUGAAAUGCCAGGUCUAGUCUUUUUUUUUUAAUGCUAGACAACGUGGCCACUAGGGUGUUUUUUUUCAUGCCUGCAAAAAUACUAGCUUCAGUAAGCCCAAGGUUUUGUUGAGCUGUGUUAACACUUUUAAUUUGUUUCAUAGACUCCUAGAAUGGUUCGCAAAGCACCUUACAGAUCAUCUAGGUCCAGCCUCCUGCCAUGGACACAGACACCUCCUACUAGACCAGGGCCUUGCUUAGGGUCUUAUCCAACUUGGCUUGAACCAAUUCUAGGAUUGGAGCCUUCACAACUUUUCUGGACAACCUGCUCUAAAUAUUUAUACUGAAAUUAAGAUCAAUAUCUAGAUGUGUCCCUGGAGGUGGACAAGAAAAGACUGGAUGAGGCACUUAGUGCCAUGGUCUAGUUGAUUGGAUAGGGUUGGGUGCUAGGUUGGACUGGAUGAUCCUGGAGGUCUCUUCCAACCUGGUUGAUUCUAUGAUUCUGUGUAUAUAGCAGCUAGCAUGAUUUUUUUUUUCCCAUCAGUAUUUAACUGCAGUAAAUAAUUCUUUCAGUGAUGCCAACAACUCUUUGAGGGAAAGGAGGCAGAAAUGUGUAGAUGAGCAGGUCUGGCUAUGCAGAGGCAGAACUACUGGAAUUCCACCAACACAGUGUAGGCUGAGAUUCAUCAGAGCACUCAAGUAUGUGUUUGGCUUCAUCUUCAGGGUUUAUUUCCAAAGCUAGGCACAAGCUUGUCUGCUCUGCUGAGAUCAGGCCUUGGCAAAAGCAGGUAUCUCACAGCUCUGAAAUAAGGCACUUUGUAAGACAAUCAGUGUUCUGAUGUCUAUGCAACCUACCUUGGAUGUAGAAGGCCAGACAAAUGUGGAGAAUUCUGGGGGUUUAAACUGUUGUUUUCAUUGCAAAGUGAGAAGAGCAGUUUGACUGCAUUGCUUGGGUGUGUCAAAGGUGUCCACCUGCCAUCCAGCUGAAGGGACAGCAUCAGAACAGAAGUACAGGAGAAGCAAGGUGAUGUUAUAUACAUUUGUAUCCAUCCAUCGGGGUGCUCAGCAGUGCUCUGGGCAGCUGAGGCAGGGGAGCACUGAGUGUGCAAGGAAAUAAAUAAGUUUACCUGAAAACUUUGGGAAUGCUGUGCUCUUAAGCCAUGAAUGAUGUUGUCUGUGUGUAAUUUUUAGUGUUAAGAGAAGACAGGCAGUAGCCUUAUUAACAAGGUGCAAUACUCACAAAGGGCUAAAUUAGGGAAGCGAGCGGUGUGUGUCUGCACAUGACUGCAAAGUCUGCACUCAUUGAAACCUGACUUCUACAGCACUGGGAGCUGAUUACCUCUCUGAGCUGGUAAUGUCAGUGUCAUUUCCUAACUGUUUAUUAUGAAACAGGAUUUGGGAUCUAAGAACCAGAAGGAAAAGCAGGGGGAAUUGUAAAUCACACAGAAUAGUGGCUAUGCUGGUUUAUGUGGCAGAAGGAACCUCACACCCCUUCACAACCUGUACAGAUUCUGAAAAGAAAACAAAAGCAUUUCCCCGCAGAGAUAGCACAGUCUGAAUUUCUAGUGAUGGCCUGCAAAUGCUUCCCUCAAGGUUCAGUGUUUUCUUUGCCUCUUGCUUUUUGUUAUUGGGUGUUUUCUGCGUUCUGAUUGUGAAGACAUUUCUAAAUUAGCAGUACUUGGCUUGAAAAUGUAUUCUUCUGAAACUAUUUUUUAUAGUAGAGAGAUUUUGACACCAUGCUGUACAGCCUGAGAUCUGCUGUAGCUUCUGUGGAGAGAGUUCAUGCUGGCACAAAGUUCUACAGUGAACUACUCCAUGGAGGGUUCAUUGUUCAGUUAUGAAGAGGGUUUGAACAGUCAGACCAAGAGCUCUGCUCAAAUGCUCACAUACCUAUUGCCUGCACUCUGAGGUCAACAGAAUAGAGCUUGUCAAGUAUUGGGCACCUUAGACCUGGUUAUUUGCUGUUAAAUAAUGACAUAAGAAGUCAUUAUCUGAUAUCCUUUACUGGUUUGGGCAUAAGCUUCGUGUCCAGAGGCAACUGAAAGACAGCAAUAAUCAGAUUUGUGAGAGGUUGAGUGCUUCCCUGUCUCUAGCAUAGGGCUUGAGGGCAAACUCAGAGCUGAAAGCGGUUUGAGCCAGUCAGGUAAGUCUGGAAGCAGAAUUGCUCAGAAUUGGAUCCCAGUAGGAGGAAACUAGUCUUAAGCAGUGAAUCAGAGGAGGUUUGGGGUUUUUUUUACUUCUUUUUUAAAUUGCAAGCCUGGUUAAAAAGUCUUGCAAUUGAAGAGCUGCAGUUGUUCAUGUGAGUGCAUGGACUAGGACUGCUCAUAUGGGUGAUGGUUGCAGGAGGAGGCACUUGGGUUCUCUUGGUGUGGCUCUUCCUGGGGUUACUGGGAGUGUGAAAUUGCAACUCCCACUUUCUGAGUGCUUGAGAAGAGAGUUUUGCUAUUGAGUUUUGUGAGAGAUAACAGUAUGUACCUGGGCACAUUGGCUUGGCUGUUGGAAAGUGUUGGCUCAGUUUCUGCUAAUACCAAGGUGGCAGCACUUCAGCUGUGUCACUUGGUGACAGAUUUAAGAGUUCCUCAGCACAUGGUAUUCAGCCUAUGAUCUGUCCUGCUGGUAACAGGCCCAGGAAGAAGGAGGUUUCUCAGGAUGGGACCUAGGCCAGGCAGCCUGUUGAGAGAGGACUCACCUCUGUAGUUGCACACUGUCAGCUGGUUCAGGCGCACCAUUUGUUGUGUGCAGCAUGAGGGAGCUGCUUAUCUGCACUCGUUUAUGACCUGCCAUGCAGAACUGUUGGGAAGGGUAUUCUUGCUUUCAGAGAUUGAGAUACACCUGUGGAGAACAUUUUUGUUGCAUAAGGUCAUGUAAUAAAUUACAUUAUUGUCUGAGCUGAAAUCAGAAGUAGUGGUGUUCCUCCUUCCAGAGCCAUGUUGCAGCUCGCCAACUAGCUUGUGGGAGCUCUCAUGGAGCCUUAACUGAGUCCUUAGGAGUAACCAUAACUGAGUCCUAUUCCCAAGACUUAGUGGAAGCCAGCAAAGAGCUCUAAAACCAGGCCAAUGCAAGUUUGCACCUCCCCCAGCUAAAGAAGGCUCUUUCCAGCCCUUCCAUUUUUCUGCUAGGCUUUCCAGUGGCUUUUUUCAAGAUAGCAGCAGCCACUCCUGCAUUCCAUUGUCUUUGUUAGUCAUGGGCUCUGGGCAAGAUGAUUUUAGAUUUAGGUCUCCACAAUUUUACUGACACUGUAGUGCUACAGCAGAUUGUGCUGCUAUUGGAAGAGUUCUUCCUAACCCCCUGGUAGAGACAUGUCUGGAGAGAAGUAUCCUGGGUUACGCUGGCUGGAACCAUUGCUACAAGUGCAGGACUGCAUUAAAUGUCUAAAGGCCUGAUCAGUGCAUGGCUUGUGGGUUUGUACUUCUGCUCUCCAAGUGGCAGCUGUGACACUGCCUUUAUCUUAUCCCACCCUGUGCUGGCUGGAGUCUCAGUCAGGGCCUGGCCUUGCACAGCUCAAGAGAUAGCCACUAAUGGCUGGUUGCCUAGCACUACCAGAACACCAUUGAACAGCACUGAUUGUGGUGUGAAAUUGAAUCUAGAGGGGGGAAAAGAGAAAUAAUUCUACAUUAAAUGGAUUCUUAAGAAUCAUAGACUACAUCUUAAUUGUGCCAAGGUUUUACUAAGCAGAUUUUUGGAAGAGUUAUGGAACAGGAAAACAAACCUCACUGGACUUUCCUUCUCCCUUGGCUCCAUGAGUGUCCUGGACCCAGUCUGAUGUGUUAGAGUGGAACUUUCCAUGGCCUGAGAUUAUUUGGGAGUGAGCAGAUGUGAUCUCUGGGCUUCUUAUCCAGAUGCAGUAGCAAACAGGAAAGAUCCUCUAUUUUUCAGCUUCUUUCUAUAUGGGAAUACCAGGAAAAGGGAAAGGUUUGUGCAGUGGUUAGGAUCCAUGCAUCCUUUUGUCUUGCUUCAGUGACAAAAGGAAACUGUCUGCCCAGAGAGAUUGUUCUUUGUUUCCUAUCAAGUGUUGUUCUGGAAAACAGCAAGUAAAUGUAAGUUCUUUUUUAAAACCAUUUCUUCCUGAAUUAUUAUUUUUAGCACCAGAGUGUUAUCCUCUUCCACUCAGUGUAAUGAAGUCACUGAGCUUUAAUUUGCUCUGCAUUGCACUUUAUAUGUUUUUUCACUUGCUAGGCCAUGCUUUUUUGAUGCACAAGCUAGCAAAGGUUCUGUUAAUGUAGUUUUAACUAGAAAUCAGCCAUGAAAGAUAAUAUUUUUAUAAAAAGGCAAGUUCCAUAAAAUACAGCAAAUUAACUAAUUAGGUCAGAGCCAUUUUUAAUGCUAUGUUGAGGAAUGUUAUAGCUUCUGAGAUUAUUUAUUGUUUAGUAAAUUCCAGACAGUAGCAAGUAGCAUGGUUUAAAAUUGAGUAUGAACAAGCAGGAGGCAAAGUUCUAGGCAUCAGAUUUGCUUAGAUGCAAAAGCUGCAUUGAGUAUCACUGAUGAGGGUCUGUAAAAAAUUAGCCUGAUCUAGUGUCAGGAAGUGUAGAACCAUUUAAUAAAGCCAGGCGAAAAUGAAAAGAGCUCACAGAAAAGUUUAAAUCAGUUCAGUUACCAAAGAGAUCCAUUUUUCACUGGGCUGAUGAGCAGUGCUGUACAGCAGGCAGGCUGAGGAGCCCCUUGUCUGAAUUCAUGCCUGUACAAGACACCACCAGAAACUACUGAGUGUCUAUUUUCCUGCUGUAAACAGCAUCUCUACCCACUCUUGUGCCCUUACAGGCCCACCUCCAGUUUGAUAAUGGUAUUUCCAUUUGUUAUUUCUUGCCUUCAUCUCCUCUGUAAUUUUGGCAGCUAGCAUCUUAAAGACAAUCUUGUUCCUUUGUUCCUAAAUGAGCUAAAGAAGCACUCACCUUCCCUCCAGGCUUUGGUGUUGAACCCUACUGCAUGUAGUUUAGCUGAAGAGUUUUUAGAUGCCAGUUUCAGUGCUUCAGACAAAGAGCAACUUGACCCCAGCAUGGAAUCCCCUCAGAUCUUGUGGAGUAUACUGAAAAAUAAAGACCUUUUUAACUUUUA